AUGGAUGAGAUACAACCUUCAGAGACAUUUAUGUUGCGAACACCGAAAUCAAAAAAAAACAUUGGGCUUAUAAUACCAUGUACACCAAGUAAAAAAAGUAAAUACUCCCCAGAUUUCACAACAGAAGAUAUUACACCUUCCAAACGGUUUCGUAUAUAUCAAGCUAAAUUUAAAACAAGUUCAAGAAAUGUCAAGGCCCAAACUCUCAGCGUGUCAACAAAGAAAAAUCGAGAUCAAAUAACUAAUCCUUUCAUGACUGAAGGACAUACUGAUUACUGCAAUAUUAUUAGUCCUGGGUUGAGUUUUGAUAACGAUUGCUUCUCAGAACAUGAAUUAGUUAGUCCAUUAAGUGAUAUUUCUUCAAUAAACUCCACUUCACCUGAUGUUGAAAAGCUCGAUUCUUUAGAUCCUUUUGGUGUUGAUUCAUUUGUCUGGAAUUGUAAACCUCUUGUUAAUAAAGAAGCAUUGGAGCUCCAUCGAAUGAUUCAUUCUUCGUUUCCCAUGAGUCCACCAAAAUCUGGCAAUGACAUGCCACUAUUACUACCUAAAAUGAAAAAAAGUUUAUCUCCAGUUGGUAGAUCGGUUUUCAAACCAACAAGGUAUGAACCCUCUCACCGCUUAUUGAAGCCCAAAAAAUCAAUUCUAACGAUGCCAGCUAAAUCUCUUAAUCUCAUAGUCAGUUCCUCGCGAGGUUCGCUAAAUGAUGCUACCAUUUUUGCCACCGAAAUAAAUUCUACGUUGAGCAAUGAAGAAAAUAAAUUACCAGCAAUUUCUAGUACCUGGGAAAAGCUUACGAUUCCGGUAAAUUCUUCAAUUAAAGAAAAAUAUAAAAAGCUUAAAGAUCAAAUUUAUGGACAAGCUGGUAACUCUGACGAAGAUGAAGAUAAUGAAGAAGACAACCUUCCUGAUGCAGCGGUAAUAAGAGGCUAUAAAUUCCAAUUGAAAAGAUGUGAAGAGCCUACGCCAGAGAAUAGUAAGGACUAUAAAAAAGUUCAGUGGGCAAAAGUUUUAGAACAAUAG